UGCCGUUCGGGAACGAAUCUCAUUCUACGCUGUGGGCGUCGAUGUCCAAGCUCGGCUUUCGAAGGACGCUGAUGACGGUGCGGAUGCUUCGAGCGCAGUCACCCGAGCUGCUCAAGCUAAUGCUCGGUCAGAUCUUCUCAUCCACCGGCAACGGCACGGUGGUGACGUCCUUUGUGGUGUUCGUGCAGCGCGAGUUGAACGCUGACAACGUCGACAUGGUGAUCAUCGUUCUGGUCGGGUCUAUGUCCGCGUGCCUGGGACUCCUGCUCCUGAUGCCGAUUGUCAAGCGGCUGCACGGGAAGGAGCUGUACCGAAUGUUCAUGGCGCUGAAGGCGGUGACGUUGGUGUGGCCCGUCUGGCUGGCGCUGGGUUUCACGCAAAAGUGGGAGAUGUUCGCGCUCGUGGUGAUCGGUGGCGUCCUGAACCCGAGCCUGCUCCCGACGAUUCGAUCCAUCUUCCAGCAGACCUGCCCACACGGUUACGAGGCUUCGAUGUUUUCGCUGCUGGGCAUCUGCACAGUGGCGUUUGUGUGGAUCGGCAGCGCGGUGCUGGCCAUGUUCCUGUCGGCGACGGGCAGCAUGAGAUGGGGUAUACUGGCGCAGGCGGCCUUCACGGUUGUCGCGCUAUGGAUAUUCUCGUCGUUCGACUUUAAAAAAGCCCAGGAGGACAGGGCGAAGAUUGAGAGCGGGGAGCACGAGGUCGACGGGGUUGGUGAGUUUGACGAACUGCGGGCGGAGAGCCAGGACUCCAGCCUGACUUCCAGAGAUUCCAGAUAGAUACAUCAUCCGCGCUCGCGUCGUCGACGACGCCGCCGAUUGCUUACGUUAGCCUAUUGUUUUUGUCGUCCCAUGGGAGACGGUAUCU